AUCUCUCUCUCUCUCUCUUUAAGGUUGUCAACAGAGGAAGACAAGAGUUGAACCUUUGAAUACUACCAACCUAAAAAAAAAAAGACCAAACAAGGCUUGUUUCUUUUCUGCACCGAGCUUGUUCUAUUAGUAUAAGGAUUGAAUUCAAGCAAAGAUUUUUCUAUGGGAGAAGCACCAACUUUCAUUCUUCAAGACCUGAAGAAUGGAGCUAGCAAUGGCUUUGAAUUAAAAAAUGGAGCUUUCCAAACAUCUUCUACCAUUGGUGAUAAAACGUAUGUCAUUGGUGGAGCUGAUGGUGAAACUUUGUCCAUUAAAAUUUUUGAUAGCAUUCUUGGAGAAUGGGUUAAUCCUACUGUGUUAGGCAUCAAACCCAUGUCAUGUACAGGCCACUCAGCAGUGUUUUUGAAAGAUAGAAUACUAAUUCUUAAAAAAAAUACUAAGUCAGAUGAUCAUACAUGGUUCCUGGAGGUAGACACCCAAUAUGUUAGGCAGCAGAAAAAGUUUUUGGGGACUGAGGUUGUUGCAUGGAGUAAAGGUGUUGUCGGCAAUGCUGAGAAACCUCUUGUUAUUAGUGGUCCUUCCGGAGUAGGUAAAGGAACAUUGAUUAAUAUGCUCAUGGAGGAAUUUCCAUCUAUGUUUGGUUUCUCUGUGAGCCACACGACCCGUGCCCCAAGAGCCAUGGAGAAAGAUGGGGUCCAUUACCAUUUUACUGAGAAGAGUGUAAUGGAGAAAGAGAUUAAAGAUGGAAAGUUUCUUGAGUUUGCUUCUGUCCAUAGUAAUCUAUAUGGGACCAGUGUUGAGGCUGUUGAACUGGUAUCAGAUGCAGGAAAAAGAUGUAUUCUUGAUAUUGAUGUUCAAGGGGCAAGAUCAGUGAGGGCUAGUUCUCUUGAAGCCAUAUUCAUCUUUAUCUGCCCCCCAUCAAUGGAAGAACUGGAGAAGCGUCUCCGUAACAGAGCUACAGAGACAGAAGAACAGGUCCAAAAGCGAUUGCGAAAUGCUCAGGCUGAGAUUGAGCAAGGGAAAUCAUCAGGCAUAUUUGAUUUCAUUUUAUACAAUGACAACCUUGAGGAGUGUUAUGUGAGUCUUAAGAAAUUAUUGGGGCUUGAUGGUUGUGUCACUCCUCCACCAAAGCCAGCUCCAAGAGAGAUCAAUCUCCCAAUGGAUCAUUCAUUGUCAAAAGUUGGUGAAAAAAUCAUCAUAAACUGCAUCUCGACAGAACUAGAAAAGGAAACAAAUAACUUGAUCAUGUUAGAUGUUUCUUCACUUAACGGGGGUGCACCUGGACGAACCAGAGGCCUAGAUUUUCAAGCCAUUGACUCAUUUUCAAAUGGCUUCAAUGGGAUGGAUCAACUUUGACAUUCAAUGAACUUGGCCAACUAACUUUUUUUUUCCCUCUUCAUAUAUGAUAACUUGAGAAAAUG